UAGGAAACUCACAGGCUGGGACUCUGAUCCUGCUGGACUGGUUCACACAGACGUGUUCCUUUACACUCUCGCUCUAACGCUUGGAGUGAAGAUGGAGGAUUUUCAGAUUUCCCGGGAAUACUUGACCUUUGAAGGAAUGAGAGUGCCUUCCAAUGUCCACACAGUGGAGAGCUUAACAUAUGCAUGGAAAGAGUUUGUAACACGCGAUGAUGAUGUUUUUAAUGUAACCUUCCCUAAAUCAGGCACAACUUGGAUGCAGGAAAUUCUAACACUCAUUUACAGCAAAGGAAACCCCACACCAGUAAAGACAGAGUAUAGUUGGGAUCGUGUCCCUUGGCUAGAACAAUAUACAGGUCGAAGCAAACUGGAGAACAGACCAUCCCCAAGACUCAUCACAUCCCAUCUCCCUUUUCAUAUAUUUCCCCAAUCUUUCUUCAAGACAAAUGCCAAGAUUAUCUACACCAUACGAAAUCCAAAAGAUGUCUGUGUGUCUCUGUAUUUCUUUUCCCUGAUUGCUCAGUUCUUGGAAUACAGGGAAGAUUUCCAAGAGUUUGUCUCCUUGUUUCUAAGUAAAGACAUGUUCUACGCUGGUUGGUUUGAUCAUAUAAAAGGGUGGUUGUCAUUUAAGAACAACCCAAAUUUUCUUCUUCUGACAUACGAGGAUAUGGUAAAAGAUCUGAAAAGCAAUGUGAUUAAGAUCUGUCAGUUUCUUGGAAAGGAGCUGGAUGAUGCUGCCAUCAAUUCUGUUGUGGAAAACUCCUCUUUCAAAGCAAUGAAGGACAAUGAAAUGUCCAACUACAGUGCAGUGCCUGACUAUAUAUUCAGCAAAGCAAAAGGGACAUUCCACAGAAAAGGUAUCAGCGGAGACUGGAAGAACUAUUUUACUCCUGAACGAGAAAGAGAAUUUGAUAAGAUUUACCAAGACCUCAUGAAAGAUAUCAACCUCCAGUUUGCAUAGAGUGAAUCAUACAAGAACUGCAUCCAUUUUUCGAAUAUUCUCUAUAACCUAAUAUGUAUAUGUUUCUGUUAUUUUUCCAUAGCUUUUUCUACUACGAACAGUGUAAUAUAAUAAAUUAUGGAUAUAACUUGAGACUUGAGUAUUGACUAUAGUGUAUGUGUGAAUGUGAUAGGGACCUUAUAUUGUAAGCUCCACUGGGGCAGGGACUGAUGAGAACAAUGAACAAUCUCUGUACAGCAUUGUUUAUCUUGUCACCUUUAUAUUAACGAAGAAUAAUAAUAAUAAAUGAAUCAUUAAUAUGA